GCGUUUAUAUGAAGCGUGAAGUUGUCUACUAUUAUCAAAGAAUCACGUCAAUUUGUUUACGUAGUUUUAAAAAACAAUUAAUUAAAUAAUGAAUAAAUUGUGUCGAAUAUUACCAAAAAAGAUUAUUUCUACGUGUUAUCAAAUACAAACAAAUAAUUAUGCUGCACCAGGAUCAAAAGUAACACUUGGAAAAGGUGUAACAUCAAAGAAAGUUGCUUCUUCAAACAAGAUAAUACACCCUGUCGAAAAAGAUACUAAUAAAUUAGUGACUUAUGUUUGUGGAUCCAAUUAUUUGAAAGAGGGAGAAGAUAUUAAAUUAAAACCUGAUUCUGAAUAUCCCGAUUGGCUUUGGACUAUUCCUUUGACACCACCACGUUUGGAGGAUAUGGAUCCAAAUACAAAACAAUAUUGGCGUCGUUUAAGAAAACUUGGCUUACAAAAUAAUAAUUUAAAAAGAAAAUUUAGAUAAUUGUCGAUAUAUAAUUAAAUAAUAACUGUGCAAGAGUAAAUGUGUAUUGUUAAAUAAAAUUAUGUAAAUAGAACUCUUUUAUUAAACACGUUGAGUGCCAGACGAAUUCUUAAUAAUUCAAAAGUAACUCAAAAAAAUAUUUGAACGUGUCAGUCACCAAUGGCUGACAUGACGCUCAACUUGUUAAAAACGAAUAAAAUAAUUACAAAGAAAGAACAUAAAAAAAAACAGUUAAUCAACAUUAAUGCAUUUCUCCAUUCCCUAUUUUAAUAAAAGCUUAUCAUACGUUCU